GACUUUGAAUAUGUCGGGGAUCGCCCUCAGCAGACUCGCCCAGGAGAGGAAAGCUUGGAGAAAAGACCACCCAUUUGGUUUUGUAGCUGUCCCCACAAAAAACCCCGACGGCACGAUGAACCUCAUGAACUGGGAGUGUGCCAUUCCAGGGAAGAAAGGGACCCCUUGGGAAGGAGGCUUGUUUAAGCUACGCAUGCUCUUCAAAGAUGACUAUCCAUCCUCACCUCCGAAAUGCAAAUUUGAACCACCAUUAUUUCACCCGAACGUGUACCCUUCGGGCACUGUGUGCUUGUCCAUCCUCGAGGAAGACAAGGACUGGAGGCCAGCCAUCACAAUUAAGCAGAUCUUAUUAGGAAUACAGGAACUUCUAAAUGAACCAAAUAUUCAAGAUCCAGCUCAAGCAGAGGCCUACACAAUUUACUGCCAAAACAGAGUGGAAUAUGAGAAAAGGGUUCGAGCACAAGCCAAGAAGUUUGCACCCUCAUAAGCAGCGACCUGCGGCAACAUCAAAAGGAAGGGAUUGGUUUGGCAAGAACUUGUUUACAACAUUUGCAGAUCUAGCAUUGCUCUCUACAAUAACUAGUCACCUAGGGG